CAUGAGACCUAGGCUCUAAUGUGCAUGUUAAUUGUAGGUGUAAAAGCUACAAGGAAAUCGACCCGGGCUCGCAUGCGUUGUAUCAGAGUCAAAUUCAGGUCACGGUUCCGGAGGACAAAACUAUGUAAGAUCGAAUCUCUUUAGAAAUCAACACUAAUAUUCUUAAAAGCUAAAGGUCAGUGAUCAGUGUACGGUGACAAAUUGUUGACUUGACUGGUAUGCAUUAUUGCCACGGUUUGUCAUAUGUCUAGGUAUAAAUGCGCCUGUAGGCUGAUUCUUUCUCUACAGCGGAGAAAAUAGACAUGAAAAACAUGGUCGCUUCGUCGCUUACUGGGAUACAAGUCUUGAAAGUCCUUGUCGUGUUGACUCUUUUCAUUUCUUCGCCAGAACAGGUCUCUGGAGGGAAUGUGCUUAUGAACGCUGUGCUGGGAGAGGGCAGUCAUUUCUACUGCAUGGCGGCCAUCGGGGAAAGCCUGGUCCGUUGGAAUCACAGCGUCACCAUGCUGAUCAGCAACGCUUUCGAGCACAGAGCCAAGGACGAAAAGUAUUCACGCCUUUUCAACUUCGAGGUGUUCAACCACACUGUACCUGUUGAGGAAGUGCAUCAUCAGUUCGAUGCUUUCAACAGGAGAGCCUUCUCCUCGGCCACUAUGCAGCUGUUGACAUUGCUGGAAAUCAUGAAAGAUGGACGAGCGGUUGACUGUGAUAACAUAUUGGGGGACCAGCGCUUCAUGAAGCACCUCAAGGACAGUUCUUACGAUAUCCUGGUGUAUGAUGUGAUUUGGUUCUGUGGUCCUUUGAUCGCCAGGAGUCUUGGGAUUCCGUAUCUCACUUCGAUUUCAUUUCCGUCGCCCUGUACCUACGGCAGUACUAACCUCCGCGAUGGCUCGAUGAACCCAUCCUACGUUCCUGAAGUAUUUACAGGUUUUACAAAUAGAAUGACCUUUGGCCAGCGAAUUUUGAAUUUUUUACAGACGUUUCUUAUUGAAUUCGUAGCCUACGAUAUGAUGAAGCCAUAUGAUGUGCUCAUCAAGAAACAUGGCGUCACAAAGGACAAUAUUAAAGACGUCUUGUCGCAGAAUGAGCUUUUCCUGGUAAACACAGACUUUGCUCACGAAUUCCCAUGUCCAUUGCAUCCCAAAAUAAAACCUGUUGGUGGACUGACAACCCGGCCCUCAAGCCCGUUGCCUCCAGAGCUAGAGGAUUUCAUGGAAAGCUCAGGAGAUUACGGCGUCGUCAUCUGCACAACUGGGACCUAUUUCACCGAUGUCCCUAUCAACAUCGUCAAAGCGUUCUCGGAGGCAUUUGCUCGACUUCCUCAAAAGGUCAUCUGGCAGUUGACUGCAGAGCUUGAAGAUAUCCCCGACAACGUCAAGGUUCUACCUUGGGUACCACAAAACGAUCUCCUAGGACAUCCAAAGACCAAGGUAUUGAUGUACCAGGGUGGGAACAACGGGUUCUUCGAGGCCAUCUACCACGCCGUACCCCUUGUCACGUUCCCAAUCCAUGCUGACCAGUACGAUGUCGGUGCCCGUGUCGAGGCCAAAGACAUUGGACGCAACAUUGACAAGAGGACGAUCAGCGCUGAUGUCCUUCUCGAAGCCCUCCAGGAUGUCAUCAGCAACAACUCCUACCGAGAAGCGAUGCAACGAGUUUCAGCCAUCUUCCACGAUAGACCUGAGCCGCCUGCAGAUAGGGCUGCCUUUUGGGUUCAACACGCCAUGAAAUACGGUGGUCACUAUAUGCAUUCCCCAUCGUACGAAAUGAAUUUCAUCCAACGAAAUCUUAUCGAUGUCUACUUAUUUAUCGGUUCUUUUUUAUUUGCAGUAUGCUGGCUCCUGUAUCGGGUAUUGAAUGCAUUAUUUAAGUUUUGCUUUGUUAGAACAACGCAACAUACAAAGUCUGAAUGAGUAAUAUUUUGUUCAUAUAUAAGCACUUUUAUAAUUCUUUACACUAUUGUGUUUUUUUAAUAAAUACAAUAGAUUUUAGGUUCAGAUUUUAGUGUCAUUUGUUUAUUCUAUUAUUCUGGAGACAAUUUACACAAAACGAGGAUAAAAAGCAAAAUUUAAGCAAAAUAUUAUUUUCCAUCAAUCAAUACCAUGUCCAGUCAAUUUAUCUUGUUCAUGUAGCUAGUUUUCAAUUUUCAAAUCCGUGUAGCCUGAAGCAGUAUUAUACACAGACUGUAACUUACAGAAGUUAUAAAAACUAUGAUGUACACAACUUUAAAGAUGAUCUUAGUUGCUGGGCAAGACUGGCAGCACAUCAAUAACUAUAAAGAUGUUUGGCAUAUUUCAUAUUUCAUUAAAUGUUUGUAAUAAACAUGCACCAAUCAAAGAGAAAAGAAGCUGCAAAGCUUAUAAAAAACCUUGGAUAACCUAAUCAAUAAUGAAGUCUGUUCGAAAAAAAUAUAAAUUGUUUUUAAAAGUACGAAAAUCUAAUUUUGAUGUAAGUGAUGUAACAAAUAUCGGAGCUAUAGAAUAACGACUGUUCUUCGCAAUGCCAAGAGAAGUUGUUACAGUGGUUUGUUAGCUGAGAACAGCAAUAACACUAGUAUGAAUUACCACUGACAAACAUUCACAUAUAAAAUCUGUUAAUGACUGUAUACGGAGAAAGGUCGGUUUCCUCUUUAAAUUACGGCACUGUCCCUAAAUAUAUAUUGAUACUGUUGUACAAAAGCUCUGAUACAGCCACAUAUUACAUAUGGCAUCGAGGUUUGGGGGUAGUACUUAUAAAUCACACUUGAAUUAUAUAUUUAAUACUCAAAAGAUGACUGUACGUGCUAUAACUUCCAAGCCACAUCGUGCUCAUACUAAUGCACUGUUUCAUGAUUUGAUAAAUGAACGAUUACCUCAUUCCUUAAACAAUUACUGCAGCAUGAUACAACAUGAAUAUUCCCCAAGACAAAAAACGGGUCGACAAUUACGCCUUCCUUUAUUCAAAACAGACCAAGGACAUUUUUUGUUCCGUUUGUUGGAAGUAUUUUUUGAAAAUGCUUCCUACUGAUCUAAGAAGUGAGAGAAUGAUCAAGAACCUCUUUUCGUAAAAACUUCACAAAAUUACUCUUAGGUGAAAACCACUAAUUCUAACCUUGUAAUUAUAUAGUAAUAUAAUGGCAACCAGUCUCAUUUUUUAAUUGUAAUAUUGUACACAAAUCUUAUUUAUAAGAUUUGGAACCCAUUGUGUAUUUUUCUAUAAACUUUAUUUUAGGCUUUAGAUAACGAGAGUCAGACUCGACUGGCACAUGUGCUAUUUUUUUAACUCUAUUUUUACCACUGAUCACAAUCUAAUUGAAAACAGUCAUUUAUUGUUUUACUCUUGAAAUUAAAUUUGCUAUAACUAUUUUUUAUUUGUAUA